UCGUCUGUUCUUGAGAGUUAACUGUGUUUUACCAUUAUGGAUUUAAAUGGCAUUUUUCCAUUAAUUUAGUUCAAGAAAAAUAAAUUAGUUCUUGACUCUUUUAGAGUCCCGUUGACUAAUUAGAUUCUGACAAUUUCUUUGUUAAGAACGGCCAGACUUGUAUAUUUCCUGCUUAAUACAACAGUCAGUAACUCUUAGUGUAUUUGCUAUGGAUUACAAAAUUGCCUAGUAAAUACUUGUGACUGUGGAGUGUGAGUAUGAGAGUUUUCGGGGCGUUCCUGUGUUAUUGCUUCGGUGUGGUUUUUCAACAUGUGUUUUCAGGAGUUCCGGGAAUAAAAUUAAAACCUGUUCAAUUUUAUGAUGACCAAACAGAGUAUUUUGAAUACAACUCCGUGGUGGGCGACAAGGUAGUUUUACCAUGCAACAUAACACCUCCUUCAUUUGACGACAGCGUAGCGCUGAUUCUGUGGUACAUAGGUGACUCUGGGAACCCGAUCUACAGUGUAGAUGCAAGAAACGAACCUGUGCAAGAAGGAAAACAUUUUUCAAGCGACAUUCUUGGAUCUCGAGCCAAGUUUAACAUUUCCUUAAGAAGCGCUUUCCUUGUCAUCGAACCAGUUAAAGCUGAUGACAGUGGUGAAUAUCGAUGUCGUGUUGAUUUCCGUCGAGGCAGAACUCAAAAUAGGAAACUCAAAGUUAACGUAAUCGUUCCACCGAAAGAAAUUUAUGUCCAAACAGGAGAUAAAAAAUUCCAAGAUACAGUUUUCGGCCCUAUUAACGAGGGAAGCUCAAUAAACCUAACAUGUAUAGCUGUCGGAGGAAACCCUUCUCCCUCUGUGAAGUGGUGGAGAGAAGAGGCUCUAAUGGACGACAGCUACACUAUUCUGAAAGACAGAGCAGUGUUUAACAGUCUUGAGAUAAGAGCUGUAGAUCGAACCCUGUCAAAAGCCACCAUAACCUGCCAGGCUAUGAACACUAAUCUCACCAUGCCAAAAUCAGUGACAAUUAAACUGGACGUAAACUAUCAACCGAAGCUUUCUCUUGUCCUCGGGGCUAGUGUUCAAGACGAGCAAAUUAGGGAAGGUCACGAUGUUUACUUCGAAUGCAACAUCAACGCCAAUCCUCAAAUUAGAGAAGUAGAAUGGCUCUUAGACGAUGAAAGACUUUUUAGCGACCCCUCAAGAGGAAUCGUUAUCAUUGGGAAAUCACUGCGUCUUCAAAAUGUUGGGAAACAGCAUCGUGGGACCUAUCAGUGUCAAGCUGAUAAUGUUGUUGGUAGAGGUCAGAGCGAGAAGGUUCCUUUAAAUGUUCAGU